UUUGGAAAAAAAGUUAUUUAAAGUAUUAAAGUAGUUUUUACUGUCGUUAAAAAAUAUAUAUAUUCGAUUUUAUUUCUUUAAAUUAUUAUUUUAACAAAAACUGAUCAAAAAAAUGUCAAAAAUGACUAAAAUGAGAAUUGGAGAAUAUUUAAUUAAAAGAUUAAAACAAUUGGGAGUUAAGCAUUUAUUCGGUGUACCUGGUGAUUUUAAUUUAAAAUUUUUGGAUUUGGUAGAAGAUGAUGAAGGAAUUGAAUGGAUUGGUGGUUGUAAUGAAUUGAAUAUCGGUUAUGCUGCUGAUGGUUAUGCAAGAAUUAAUAAAAUAGGUGCUGUAGUUACGACUUUUGGAGUGGGCGAACUUUCAGUAAUUAAUGCCAUCGCGGGUUCAUACGCAGAAAUGGUACCAGUUGUGCAUAUAGUAGGUACUCCAUCUACUCAAUCACAGGCCGACGGUGCAAUAUUACACCAUACUCUUGGAAAUGGUGACUUUAGAAUUUAUAUGAAAAUGUACGAAGGAAUUACUGUUGCUCAAACUUCUCUUAAUCAAGAUAAUGCAAAAUCUGAGAUUGAUCGAGUAUUAAGAGAAUGUUAUAUAAAAGCAAGACCAGUUUACAUUUCACUUCCCACUGAUGUGUAUAAUAAAGAUAUUGAUGUUGCCGAAGAUCUUUCGGAUGAUCCUUUAGAUUUAUCUUAUCCUGAAAAUCCUCGUGAGGUUGAAGAAGCUGCUAUAAGUCAAAUUAUUGAAGAGAUUCAUAAAUCUAAAAGUACUAUAAUUCUUGCUGAUGUUGGAACAUCUCGUUAUAGCAUCACUAAAGAAUUUGUGAAUUUUGCUGAAAAAACUGGUUUUCGUGUUUUUACUUCCCCAAUGGGAAAAGGUGUUAUUUCUGAAAAUCAUCCGUUAUUUGGAGGGAUUUAUAUUGGUAAUGUAAGUGAACCUCAUGUUCAACAUGGAGUUGAAGAAGCUGAUUUAAUCAUUUCUAUUGGAUCGCUCAAAUCAGAUUUCAAUACGGGAGGGUUUUCUUAUCUUGUGUCUGCGGCAAAAACUAUAGAAUUACGACAUGAUCGUGUAACAGUUUUUUACGCAGUUUAUGAAAAUGUUUCUAUGAGGCAAAUUUUACCUAAACUUACAUCACGGCUAGAACGUCAACCUGAUUUAACACAAAUUGAAUCACCAUAUCAAUCUCAACCAGUUAUGGAAGAAUUAAGUUCUCAACAAAUUACUCAUAGUUGGUUUUGGAGAGAAAUUGCUUCAAAAUUUUUAAAACCUAAUGAUAUUAUAAUAGCAGAAACUGGUACAUCUAUGUUUGGAUUAAUGGAUGUAAGAUUUCCUGAAGGUGCAACUUUUAUUAGUCAAAUUUUAUACGGAAGCAUUGGGUAUAGCGUUGGUGCUACUCUUGGUGCCACUUUGGCUGUUAAAAACGGUAAAACUAAAAGACGUGUUAUUUUAUUUGUCGGCGACGGCUCUUUCCAAGUUACCGUACAAGAAGUUUCUACCAUGAUUCGUAACAAUCUCGAUCCUAUAAUCUUUAUUAUUAACAACGAUGGAUAUACUAUCGAACGAUUGAUUCAUGGUCUCAAACGUAAAUACAAUGAUAUCCAACCGUGGCAAUAUUGCAAAACGUUGGAAUACUUUAGUACAACAAGAAAAGGACGUACCAUUCAAGUUUCCACAAAAAAAGAAUUUGAAUCUUGUAUUUCACAACUUUCUGAUUCCCCAUUCAACGAAAUUCAAAUUAUUGAGAUCAUUAUGGAUAAGUUUGAUGCCCCUAGAUCUUUAUUAAAAACCACUGAAAAUACUUACAAAGAAAUUCCUCCUGAAAUGCAGAAAAAAUAAAAUUAUUUUAAUAGAAUGCAUUCAGAACUCGAUAUGAAUUUUACGGUUAUUAGAUUUUUUAUUUAGACAUAAAUUCGUUAUAUCAAAAUUAUGAGAGUUUGUUCUUUAUAUUAGAGUUCUGACCGUACUUGUAAUUAAUAAUUAGAAUUGUAAAAUAAUGUCGUUUACAAUUUAAAUAAGAAGGUAUAACCGUUUCAAAUAAAUAAUUAGCUUUAAUAUAAAAAAUAUU